AUGGACCUCUUAUCUUGUAAUAAGUCAACGGAAGUGAGAGUUAUUGAUACGAUCAGAAAGAGUGACAUAGAUCAAUGGAACUACCGUGGAUUAGAACUUGCCAAUGGUCUGCUAUGCGUGCUGGCUAGUCACGAAACUCUUGACAAAUCUGCUGCAGCUCUCAAUGUCAGCAUUGGAACCAUGGCCGAUCCAAAAGACAUUCCCGGUGUUGCUCAUUUUGUGGAACAUAUGCUGUUUAUGGGUAGUGAAAAAUAUCCAACAGAAAAUGAGUUCAGUAAGUUCAUCGAAAGUAAUGGUGGUUAUUACAAUGCUUAUACAACUGCUGCGCAAACAAACUAUCAUUUCGAUGUUAAUCCCAAAGUAUUCGCUGAGGCGCUCGACAUAUUUGCCAAUUUUUUCGUCUCGCCUUUAUUUCAUGCAUCAUCAACGGACCGUGAAAUACGUGCGAUCGAUUCUGAAUUCCGAGGCAAUUUAUUUACGGACAGUCGACGCAUCUUUCAGAUCGAAAAAUUGAUGGUAGAUCCUGAACAUCCCUACUCCAAAUUUAGCACGGGAAAUAUCGAAUCCUUACAAACAAUACCACAACAACGCGGAAUUGAUAUCCGAGAAGUUCUACUUGACUUCUAUACAAAUCAGUAUUCAGCGAACCGCAUGAGCUUAGUGGUAUUAAGUAAUCACUCGCUCGAUGAACUUCAAUCUCUUGUCGUGAAGAACUUCAAAGAUAUUGUCAAUAAACAACUACCAAUGGUCAGAUAUCCUGCUGAUCCCUUCGGUGAAAUAGGAUGCAAGACUGUUUGUUACAUAGUACCAAUUGCGGAAGAUCAUAAGAUGAAGAUAAGAUGGGUAAUUCCCGAUUUCCGGGAGCUUUACUAUUGCAGUCCCGGACCGUACCUGUCGUUUUUAAUCAGACAUAGAGGUACAGGUUCACUAUUCUCGCAUUUGAAAAAACUCGGUUUCGCCUCGUCCAUUCAAUCUCUUGGCGGGACGCACGCUGCGCCUGGUUUCAACUUUUUUACUAUGGAAUUGAAUUUAACUCGAGAAGGAUUGGAACGAUGGAGAGAAGUUGUUGUACUUGUUUAUCAGUACUUAGCUAUGAUGCGUAAGGAAGGACCACAGAAACGGAUUUUCGAAGAGCAAAAGACUAUGCGAUUGCUGAACUUUCAAUUUGCUGCAAAAGAUUCCGCUAAUACAUUUGUUACAGAUCUAGCCAGCACAAUACGAGAUUAUCCAUUGACGAAUUGUCUGUUUGGUCCUUAUGCACUCCACGAUUUUCGACCGGAUCUCAUCACUCAAUUACUCGAGCAAUAUAUAAUGCCAACAAAAAUGCAAAUAUAUCUUAUUGGGAAAGAAUUCUCAACGAUAGCAACGGAGAAAGAAAGAUGGUAUGGUAUACAGUAUAAACAAGAAUAUUUAUCCGAGGAGUUCAUUCAAAAAUGUGAAACGUGUGAAAGUAUCGAUGCUUUUCAUCUGCCGUCAUCGAACGACUUCAUACCGACUGACUUUCAGCUACAUCAUAACCAGUACGAAUGUGCAAUUGAGCCGGUUAACAAAAUAACACGUCCGCAGUUGCCAACAAAGAUAAAAGAGGAUGAAUACUGUCGACUUUUUCACGCUGAUGAUGGGUACUAUAAAUUACCGAGAGCAUGCAUGUACUUUGAUCUAUCCAAUUCUUCAGUGAAUAGCGAUCCAGCGCAUGAGAAUAUGAAUUCACUCUAUGUAGAAUUGGUGAUAGAAUCACUUUCCGAACUGACUUACCCGGCAAAAGUCACUGGUCUUUUUUACGCACUUUCCGCUUCGGAUCACGGCAUUGAAAUGUGUAUUGGUGGAUAUAAUGACAAGAUUUGUGUAUUACUGGAGACGAUCGUUGAUUGUAUGAUUAAUCUGAAAGUAGAUGAUCAACGGUUGAAAAUUCUUCGAGAACGCAGAAAAGAGAACUUGAGAAAUUUCCGUGCUGCACAACCUCAUAAAAUGGCCAAAGAGGAAAUUGAUUAUUUAACAGCACAACAUCAGUGGAGCAAUAACGAAUUAUUGAAUAACAUCGAUGACAUCAUGGCACACGACAUUGAAAUGUUCAUGCAACGAUUAUUCACUAGUUUUUACGUUGACUCACUUAUGUACGGCAACCUUACCAAAGAUCAAGCAAUUCGAUAUAUGACAAUCUUUCAAGAAAAAUUCCGAGAAAAGCGUCUCUUUCGGCCACUUUCACCCAGUCUAUGGCUCAAACCAAGACAUCUCAUAUUACCACAAGGCAGUAAUUUUGCGUAUAAAACGGACAAUGACGGCUAUCAAAUGAAUGCUGUUGUGUUCUAUCUACAAUGUUUUCAGCAAAGUUUAGAAAAUAAUGCAUUGAUCAAUCUUUUUGCUCAUAUUGCCCAUGAGCCAUGCUACAAUCAACUACGUACGAAAGAACAAUUGGGUUAUAUUGUCAGUUCCGGUGUGUACCGCAUACGUGGUGUAAGAGGUUUUCAAAUAACUGUUCAGUCAAACAAGGGUUUCGAGUAUCUCAAUCAACGAAUCGAAUUGUUUCUCGACUCAAUGCGAGAAUACAUUGAAAGAAUGUCUGAUGAAGAAUUUCUGAAACAACGUGAGGGCUAUAUCGUAAGUUCCCUCGAAAUACCUAAAAGCAUGGAAUCUCAAGCAGACACGUAUUGGAGUGAAAUCCUCUGUCACCAGUUUUGUUUCGAUAAAAUACAACUUCAGAGUGAAUUUGUCAAAAGACUCGAACGAAAAGAUAUGCUUGAGUUCUAUGAUCGUUAUAUUUCACUACGAUCUCCGUACCGUCAAAAACUGAUGGUUUUUGUUCAACCAUCACCAUUGGCAUUGGCAUCGACAAAAAGCGACACGUCUCCUCAAUCGUCAAUCAGCGAGGUGAUCAACCAUCCAACAGAACAAAUAACAAAUGUGAACGUAAGUGACUCUACGAUAGUCGAGACGGAAGCAUCAAUCACCGUCACAAGCGACAAAGAGAAAGAGUUACAAUUACCACAGAUUCAAUGGAUAGAAAAUGUUCAUGUCUGGAAAAGUCAAAUGGCUUGCUAUCCACUUGCUCAACCGUAUGGAGAUAUCAAUAUAUCUACUCUUAACAGAUGA